AUGGACCUUUCUUGUUUCGCCCAGAUACCCAAAAGCCGCCCUGGAAAAUCGUCGUGUUGUAUUUUAGGUUUACGCACUAAUGCUGAUUGUGGUCUCUCGGAAGUCCUAAUUAAAGAUAUACCAGAUGACUGCACGUCUGUAAUUUACACUUCUAUUUUUGUGGAUUUAAAUUACCAUGUUUAUGAACCAAUGGAAACCGAUUUUAAAGUUUUAGACAGCAUGUUGAAAAGUGGUAAGCCUGUAUUUACCUAUUAUGGUCACGAGACUCAAUCACAAUGGUCUGUAGUGCUUGCUUGUGAAUCAUAUAAUGGAGGAGCAAACUCGUUAGAUGAAAUGAAAGGCUUAACAGCUUUUUUUGAUGAACAUCCAGGGAUCGUAGGUGUUAUACUUACUUCUUUACAGUUUGAUAUUACUACUUCUUCAGAAUUUCCGGGAUAUUCUGAAAAUCUUAAAACAUACAUUGAAGUGAUGAAAAAAACGUUUCCAAAACUUUUAAUUGGCCUAGAUAUAUUCGGAAUUGCUUUAAUAGAUCAGUUUAACAACCCAAAAUUUAAAUGGUUGGAUAUUACUGUAAUAGAUUCAGCUGUAGAUUUUUACGUUGUUACUAUGGAGUACUUUAACUCAUGUACUGUUGACUUAAGAAAUACUGGAAUAGCUCCAAUGAAUGGAUCAAAUACAAAUUAUACAUUGGAUACAUUAAAAGAUGUCUUACAGCAGUUAUCUUUUCCAAAAGAAAAAACAUAUUUUAAAUUUAGAACAAGCCCAACAUCACCUGAUGAUUCACUAACUGUUUGUGAUGUGAAUAAUGAAAAGAUGUGUAUAGAUCCAUCUAUAGCAUGUGAUUGGUGUGCAGAUACUAUAUUGUCAUAUAAUGAAAAAGGUCAAUAUUCGAAAGAAAACGGAGAAGGAUUUAUGGUACGUUAUAUUGAUAUGGAUGAUCCUGAUAAUUGUUGUAACUGUGAAAAGCCAUACCCUGCGUUUCAUGCUAUGCUAGAUGGUUUUAAGGGCGUUUCAACAAAACUAUGUGAAUUAUUAAUUAGACAUUAA